ACUUCUUCUUCGGUCAAUAUACGCCUGAGCAGAGGAAAGACGUGUCCGUGACUCAUUUAUUUAAAAUUCCCCUUUUCAGAGGUGGAUGUCUGUCUGUUGGCCGGAGGCCUCUUUUCACUAUGGCAGAAGCUCUGCCGGAGUGUUACCACGGCGCCAUGUCCAAGAGGGAGUGUGAGGAGCUGCUGGGGAGGAAGAACAAGGAUGGAGCUUACCUGAUCCGAGAGAGCGAGACCAUCCAGGGAGCCUUGUGCCUCUGUGUCUACAAACAGAAGGUGGUCUAUACCUACAGAAUCCUUCAGGCGCACAAUGGAAACUACACGCUCCUGACAUCAGGAGGUGUGCAGGAAACAUAUUUUAAGACUUUGGGCGAUUUAAUCCGUAAUUACAAGAGGAGAAACCAGGGUCUGGCCCUUCACCUACGGCAUGCGAUGAAGAAGAAGACGCCCAUGUUGAUCCAGCCACCGCGCAGAUUGGACAUACGGCCUGGAGUAUCGGCUGGAGUAUCGGCUGGAGUAUCGGCUGGAGUAUCGGCUGGAGUAUCGGCUGGAGUAUCGGCUGGAGUAUCGGCUGGAGUAUCAACUGGAGUAUCGGCUGGAGUAUCAGGUGGAAGAGAUGUAGCUUUACCUGAAGAGGAAAAUGACUACGAGAAUGAUCCUUCUGCGGAUUAUGUGGAAGUUCUUCCUGAUUAACGCUUACUUAAGUCAUCAAAGCGAUUGCAAACAUCUCAAGGAAACCGAAGGACAGCAAGAACACAGACUGCACCUUAUAUGGGAUCAAUAUUUCUCAUAGAGACCGUUUUGUCUUUGGAAUUUAGAUUUCUUUAUUUUUUUAUGUGCAAAGCUCUGAGCAGUUUGGAUCCAUUGGUUCAGAAAGACUUGACCAAAGGUCUGCCAAGGUUUUCACUGUUGAAUUAAUUUUCCUACAAAGACAGGCAUGGCUUGUUGAUUUGUUACCUAAUCUCAAUGUAGGGAUGAACGUCUGUAAACUUUUCUGCAGAUGAGGAUUUGAACUUCAUCCUUACCGUUGUUUCUACUCGGCUUUUUCCUCAGAGAUCUCCCCUGAGAACCACUGUUUUCAUGUACAGUAAACCUGUCAAAAAGGCAUUGAUGGAUUACAAGCUGCAAAAUGUAACAAAAAAAAGUUUUUAUUGCUUCUUCUGACACUUUGCAUCAUUUCUGGCAUCAAUGAUAUAAAGUGAUAAUAAAUGUCAGCUACAA